AUGACUGGCGGGCGAGGAAAGAGCGGCAAAGCUAGAAGCAAGGCCAAGAGCAGGUCCUCCAGGGCGGGACUCCAGUUCCCCGUGGGUCGUGUUCACAGAUUUCUGCGUAAGGGCAACUACGCCCAGCGUGUCGGUGCCGGUGCACCGGUCUACCUUGCGGCAGUGAUGGAGUACCUUACCGCGGAGAUCUUGGAACUGGCCGGAAACGCUGCACGAGACAACAAGAAGACGAGAAUUAAUCCCCGCCAUCUGCAGCUUGCUAUACGCAACGACGAGGAGUUGAACAAGUUGAUGAGCGGAGUUACCAUCGCGCAGGGUGGUGUCCUUCCCAACAUCCAGCAAGUUCUUCUGCCCAGAAGACCGCCAAAGUGUCAAAGUAAAGAAAAGAACUUACUUUGCAUCCACAAACCCAAAAGGCUCUUUUCAGAGCCACCACAACCUUCAAAAAAGAGAUUUGUCGCUGCCUGUCUAACUCCACCUCUACCUUCACUCAUA